UCUUUCUUUCUCUCCACCAGUUCUUCGCUUCACAUCUUUUUGUCCUUUUUGGAAGCCAUGGCCUUUUCACUUCCCGACUUUCAGCUCUUCGAAGAACGCCUUUUCAAGAUUUUCUUUAUUUCUUCCUGGAUCUGAAUAAUGUCUUUACCAAAUUCUAAUUUUAGAAAAUUCCAGCUUAGUUUUUCUGUUUUUUUAUAACGUUUCUUAGCUUCGGUAGAUCUGUGAAGACAUUAAACGCGUACUAGUUUUACUUUUUUUUCUGGCUUCAAAUUGCAUUUAGAUCUAUCUACUUUCAUUAUUUAAUUUUUUUUACUAGAUCUGUCGAUCUAGAACCGUUUUAAAGUGCUGUACAAGAACUCUACGGUUCCAUUUUGGUUUCUAUUUAAGAUGACGUUUAAUUAAGCAUCUGUUUAUGUUAAACAGGGAAAUUGUUUGUUAAUAUAGAAAAAAAAAGUUAGAAGGAAAACUAUGAAGCAGGGUGCGAGCCAACAAAACGCAAUUGGAAGCGGCCGUGAGGAAUUGCGGAGCUCCAUUUCGGUUUCGGUUACGGUGACAGAUCGGAGAGAGACUAUGGUCUGUCCGAAACCACGUCGUUUGAGUCUUUUAAACGCCACCUUCAACGACCACCCUGUUAGGUCGCUCAGAUGGCAACUUAGCCAUCAAGCGGAGCUUUGUGAUUCAAAAGCAGGGAGUGAUCUUUUGGAUAUGAUUCUUACAAAGGGUGGUUGUGGAGUGGAGCAAAGUUGUGCACAAGUAGCGUCGUCGCCCCCAUUUUUUAGUGGGUCGCCGCCGAGCAGAGUAGCUAACCCAUUAAUACAGGAUGCUCGAUUUGGGGAUGAGAAGAUCAUCACCCCAAUGUCACCGCCUCCUACGGGCUUGUCAUCGUCGUCUCCAUCGUCCUCUUCAAGGAAAGGAGGCUGUAUUCGGGCGAAUUUUGGUAACAAACCAGCAGUGAGAGUGGAGGGGUUUGAUUGCCUUGACAGGGAUCGGCGGAAUUGCAGCAUCCCUGCGCUGGCUUAGAGCCCGUUUUAAUCCACAAAAGAGUACAUAGAUAAAAGAGAGGAGCUUUUAAAAAAAGAAGAGUUCAGGUUUUAAAACGCAGAGGAAUUUUGAAGUCCUCGGUGAGUGAGAAGAAAAAGAAGAGGAAUCCUUUCUUGGUGUAAAUAUGUUUGAAGGGUCCUUUGUAUGUAAUGAAAUCAUGGUGUCUUGUUGUAAGUAAAUGAGUUUGUUGGACAGAAAUAAAGAAAAGAGGCGUCGUUGAGGUGUCAUGUUUAGAAACAAUAUGAGAGGUUAGUAGUCAUUGAUCUCAUAUUGUUUUUGUUUUGUAAGUAAGUGAGGAAGGAAAAUUUUUCCUUUGGUAGUUUUGGGGUCGUUUAUGGAGAGAAAUCUGUACAAAAUCAAGCCAUUUAAGUAAACAUUAUUGGACAGUGUAUAUAAACCCUUAGCGUUUGAUUCU